AUGCUAGUGAAGCUCGACGUGACCGCCUCGGCGGAAGGGGCCCCGUCAGCGACGCUCGUCAAACUCGUCGCAACCUGCUCAGGCGAGACCGUCACCGGGAGAGACGUGGUGAUUGUCGUGGCCACAGCCGCAGAAGGCACGCCGCUGGCGACGGAGGUGAGGCUCGCAGUUAGGUCAAGCUCGUCCUUGACGACGGCCGUACUCGUUGGGAGAGGAAUGGAGGUAGUGACUGUGGAGAUUGCGUCGAGUUCGACAGACGGCGCGCUGACAGGAACAGAAGCGAAGCUGGACGUGAGCGCACGUUUGCUGAGAGGCACCGAGGUGGAGAUAGACGUGACCGCAGCGACUGCAUCCACCGACUGGCUCGCAGGAAUGGACGGAAUUGCGGUGGUGACGUCCGCGGGAGAGGGGACUUCCGUUUUAACCGUAAUGAAGCUCGAAGUCACCUCGGCAGGGGAGAUUGUCGGAGCGGAGGUAACGCUCGAGGUGGCAUCCAACUUAUCGCCAGGGAUGGCAGUCGACAAGAGAUCCGCCGUAGCAGACUCGAUGGGCGCAGAGGAAACCACUGAGGUGGGGAGGGGGUCCGUAGCGGCAGCCGCGGUCACGACAGGCGAAGAGUUGGCGGCCAGGACCACCGUGGUAGGUGGCGCGCCAAUGGUGGACGUCAGGGUAGCAACGUCGUUCGCAUCAAUAUCCUGGAACGGAGCAGCGAGGGCUGCCGCGAAAGGACCCGUCAGCCAUGAUAUCCAGCAGAAACGGAGAUUAACGCGCACCAUGGCUCACGAAGAGAGCAGAAAGAACGAAGUUGAGCAUGUGCAUCAUCUUUGUCGUGGAAUAGCGUAG